GUACAUGCGCACUUCAUUUCGAAAAUGGCGGCUGUGCAAGAUGGUCAGCUCAAUCUGGAGGUCGAAAAAGACAUAAAAACAGAAAUAACAAACGAUGGGUCUGGAAACAUCAAUGCAAACUCUUCGUCACCCGGUUCUACGUCUUCGGGCGGUAAAUCGAAAUCUCCUGCGGGAUCGGGUGAAGAUCAACAGACACUGCUCGCGGUGUUGCAAUUUCUCAAGAGGAAUAAAUUGACAGAGUCGGUCGACAUUUUGCGGCGAGAAGCGGGCUUAUCUGCAGAUGCAGAUGAUUCCCCGGUAUCCGAGUCGGCGGGAGCUGGAUCGGGUGGCGUCCCAAGUGUCGGUGCUGAUGGGGGGGAUGCCAACUCUCUCCUCAGCCGAGUGUCAAUCGCCACCCCCGUCGCACCCCCGGCCACGGCACCCCCAAAAGUGGUGGCAGCAUCAGGUGGGGAAGACCAACCAGACGUCAACGUUGUCUUGUCGGCCUAUAGCCAGCAGGGGGACCCUGUCCUCUACCCACUCUACUAUAACGGCCUGAAGAAGUUUAUUGAGUCUGUCCUGGACUGCCACAGAGCUGAACUCUCCCAGGUCUUCUACCCACUGUUUGUCCACAUGUACCUGGAGCUGGUCUACAACAACCACGAGAAUGAGGCUAAACAGUUUUUUGAAAAGUUCAGCGGUGACCAGGAGUGUUACUACGAGGAGGACCUCCGCAUCCUCUCCAGCAUGUCCAAGAAGGAACACAUGAAGGGAAAUGAGACCAUGCUGGACUUCAGGACCAGCAAGUUUGUCCUCCGCAUCUCCCGAGACUCCUACCAGGUAAGUAGUCUUGGAAAACCAGAAAUGUCAAGGUCUCUGUGGCAGUUGACAAUAACGUAUCGUAUGUUAUCUUACCAGCUGUUGAAGAGGCACCUGCAGGAACGUCAGAACAACCAGAUCUGGAAUAUUAUACAGGAACAUCUCUAUAUUGAUAUCUUUGACGGGAUGCCUCGGAGUAAAAGUCAGAUUGAUGCCAUGUCGGGCAGUCUGGCUGGGGAGGGCAAGAGAGAUGCCAACAAAGCCAAGGUGUUCUAUGGUCUUCUGAAGGAGCCAGAGAUCGAGGUACCUCUGGACGAUGAGGAUGAGGAGGCAGAGAACGAGGAGGGAAAACCCAAGAAGAAGAAACCGAAGAAGGACAGCAUGGGCUCCAAGAGCAAGAAACAGGACCCCAACGCACCCCAACAAACUAGAAUCCCCCUCCCCGAGCUGAAGGACUCUGACAAGCUGGACAAGAUCAUGAACAUGAAGGAGGCCACGAAGAAGAUUCGUCUGGGCCCAGACAACCUACCCUCCAUCUGUUUCUACUCCUUCCUCAACGCUUACCAGGGUCUGACAGCGGUGGACUUCACAGAUGACUCCAGUCUGAUCGCGGGGGGCUUCGCUGACUCCACCGUUAGGGUGUGGAGCGUCACACCCAAGAAACUACGCCGGGUCAAAUCUGCAGCAGACCUGAGUAAUAUUGAUAAAGAGUCUGAUGACGUGUUGGAGAGGAUCAUGGAUGAGAAGACAGCCAGUGAGUCUAAGAUCCUGUACGGACACAGUGGACCAGUAUACGGCAUCAGCUUCAGCCCUGACAGGAACUACCUGUUGUCCAGUUCUGAGGACGGUACGGUCAGACUGUGGAGUCUGCAGACAUUCACCUGUCUGGUGGGGUAUAAAGGACACAACUACCCUGUCUGGGACACUCAGUUCUCACCCUAUGGUUACUACUUUAUCUCUGGGGGACAUGACCGAGUCGCUCGUCUGUGGGCGACUGACCACUACCAGCCCCUGCGUAUGUUCGCUGGUCACCUGGCUGACAUCACGUGCACCCUCUUCCACCCUAACUCCAACUACGUGGCCACGGGUUCAGCUGACCGUACCAUCCGCCUCUGGGACGUCCUGACUGGAAACUGUGUCCGCAUCCUCACGGGUCACAAGGGCCCCAUUCAUUCCCUGGCCUUCUCCCCCAAUGGGAAGUUCAUGGCCUCGGGAGCAACUGACGGGAGGGUUCUACUGUGGGACGUUGGUCACGGCCUGAUGGUCGGAGAGCUGAAGGGACAUACUGACACCAUCUACGCCCUCAAGUUCAGCAGGGACGGAGAGAUACUAGCCUCAGGCUCAAUGGAUAACACUGUUAAACUGUGGGAUACACUGAAGGCCUUUGAUGAUGUGGAGCUGGAUGACUUCACCGCGGCAACAGGUCACAUCCAUCUACCAGAGAACUCCCAGGAGCUGUUGCUAGGCACCUACAUGACCAAGUCCACCCCUGUCAUUCACCUGCACUUCACCCGCAGGAACCUACUGCUGGCUGCAGGGGCCUACAACCCAUGAGGACAUUCAGAGAACCCCCCAACUACAGUGGAUCAAAGCAAAAUGCCCAACUGAAGUGUGUUUACUGUGAUGCAGACCUAAGGAUCAUGGUUGUUCCAAAAGCUGCAGCACCAUCAAGCUGAUCUAGGAUCUGAUUGAGCCCACCCAGCCUAAAAUGGCUCAGGUGUGAAACUGCCCCUAGAUACAGAUCCAGGAUAAGCUUGUCCUCUCAAAUCUUAGUGGGGAAAUGCAAAACUGACCCAGGACCAGUGUCUAGGUGCAAUGUCACCCUACUCCCCUAAAAAGAGUGCCAUUACUAGCCUAUUAAAGAGACCAUGUUUCACUGCCACAAACAGCUUUAUGUAGCUGUCAUGCUGUAUAGAGUAUUUUAUACUGGUGCAUAUUGUGUAAAUAAAACACUUUUUUAAUGA